AUGGAUCUCGCGGAGACGCAACGUCUCGUAACCGAGUACCUACACGAACUCGCGAACCUUUUCCACAGAGUACCUGGUUCAGCGAUCUUCUUACGAUAUGUGAAAUCCAGCUACCAAGAUGACCCAAUUCGAUCCGCUGUGGAACUAUUCCUUUUCCUCUUCGCCGUGCGAUACCUCCUUGCCCCUAAAUAUUCAACCAAGCCAGGCGUGGUACCAUUGACAGAGGAUGAGAUCGAUGACCUUGUCGAUGAAUGGGUCCCUGAGCCCCUCGUCGGCCAGCCAACUCCUUUAGAAGAGCUGGAAGUUGAUAAGCGGACCGUCAUUGUUGGUCCCGUCGGACCGAAAUCGAAGCUUGUGAAUGGUCGCACCGUGACGAAUCUUAGCUCCUUCAAUUACUACAACUUCAAUACGAACGAGGCUCUCAAGGAAAAGGCUAUCCAGACCCUUCGCAACUAUGGUGUUGGACCUUGUGGUCCUCGUGGAUUUUACGGUACUCAGGACGUUCAUCUUAAGACUGAAGCCGACAUUGCGUCGUUCCUGGGCACCGCGGCUUGUAUCAUGUACUCGCAGGCGUUCUCGACUAUCUCAAGUGUUAUCCCCGCUUUCUCGAAGCGUGGUGACAUUAUCGUGGCGGAUAAGGGCGUUAGCUUUGCUAUUCGCAAGGGUAUCCAGAUUUCUCGCAGCAUUGUUCGAUGGUAUGAGCACAAUGAUAUGGAGGAUUUGGAGCGGGUUCUUGCGAAGGUUACGAAGGAGCAGGCUCGGAAACCAUUGACUCGGCGAUUUAUCAUUACCGAGGGAAUGUUUGAGUCCUAUGGUGACAUCGUCAAUUUGCCUAAGAUUAUUGAGUUGCGACUCAAGUACAAGUUCCGCCUUAUCCUCGACGAGACAUGGUCUUUCGGUGUUUUGGGCCGGACCGGUCGUGGUGUUACCGAGCACCAGAACGUGGAUGCUGCGGAGGUUGAUAUGAUUGUUGGAUCGUUGGCUGGGUGUCUUGUUGGUGGAGGUGGUUUUUGUGCUGGAUCUGAGGAGAUCGUUCACCACCAGCGUAUCUCUGCCUCGGCCUAUACUUUCUCUGCGGCUCUUCCGGCUCUUCUCUCUACGACUGCGAGCGAGACUAUCAAUGUUCUUCAGAAUAACCCUGAUACGGUAUCGAAGCUUCGCGAGUACACUACGGCCAUGCGAGCUCAGCUCGACCCACGCAGUGAUUGGGUCUACUGCUCCAGCUCACCUGAGAAUCCCGUUCUCAUCUUGGUGAUCAAGCCUGAUGUUGUUACUUCCAAGAAGCUCUCGUACAACGACCAGCAAUUCUUACUCCAAGAUGUCGUUGAUGAGUGCCUUGCAAAUGGUGUUCUCAUCAGUCGCCUCAAGACCCUUGAGGAUAACUUCGAACCGAAACAAGUUGUCCCCGCCGGCCUUAAGGUCUGCGUCACAAUCGGUCUUACCAAGAAAGAGAUCGAAAAAGCUGGCACAAUAAUUCGACACGCUAUUACAAAGGUGAUGAGCAAGAAGAAAUAG